GACAGCUUGGAUAGGCUCCAGCACUCCCACAACCCUCGUGAGGAUAAACUGCAAAGAAAAUGGAUGGAUAUCUGGUGGUGGUUGGAGGUGCGAUAGGAGCAAAAUGGCAGUGAUGCUUCCGUUAGACCGCCGCAAGUCAGGUGUGGCUAUCCAAUGGAAAGUGCAUAAUCAAGCACAGCUGGACUCCAAUGGCGAUGUAGCACCAUCUCAAGGAUGAUCAGACGAAAGGGACAGCACCCGAGUUAAAUAUAUGCUGCAGCAAAUGUCUGAAUUCUUAGGUUGUGUGGUAUUUCAGUUUUUCAUUUUUGUAAUGUCCAUCCAUCAGUUAUCUGAACCACUUAUCCUCACAAGAGUCACGUCAGUACUGGAGCCUAGCCAAGCUAUCUUCGGACAGGAAACGUUCAUUGCGACAGUGUUGUUGUCUGGGUUGCUGACAUGAGUACAAGACACCAACACUGCCACCUAGCGGAUGGAGGGACGGGCCUUUCCACAGGUGAGUUGCUCAUUCGAGGCCCGAACCACAACAUUAUUGAAGGUGACAGUGUCACCUUGGAGUGCCUGUACUCAGACAAUGCUUUUGACAUCAGUCGAGUGAGCUUUGAAAGCUUCUCCGAGAUUCUCGGGAUGUGGCGCCCAGUGUGGCGAACCUCUUGGUGCUUUUAUGACCUUAAUGUGGAGGAGGUGGAUGACAGAUUGGUUCUGCAUGUUCCCCAUGUUGCCCAUUUUGCAGAGGGGGUCUUCCGCUGCGUGUCAGACGACCCCGCGCUGAGCGCACCAAACAACGCCUCCAAGACCCUGUCCUUCAUAGUGCACUAUCUGGGAGAGGUGUAUCUUUCCAGGGAGGGUUUGAGCAACUUCCUCGGUCUGCCAGGGGAGCUUCGUGUACUAGAAGGAGAUGACGUAGUCCUUCAAUGCUCAUCCAGCUCCUCCGAAGAGCCCAACUACUGUUGGUACAAGGAGGGUGAUGACUGGAUCCUGCCUUCAUCCGUGAUGACACUAAAGAAAGUGAGCGCUAUGGACAGCGGCGUAUACACGUGCACAGUGGAACAUCCUACAGUGUUGCUCGAGAAAAUGCGCAACAUUAGCUUGAUUGUUCUGCCUGAGAACACCAUUUGGUUUGACAGCUACAGCGGCCCCAUCGUGCUGACGACCUCAUUGAUGGUGGCCUUUGGCCUCGUGGUGUUUGUCGCCGUGUUGACUACGUGGACCUGCCACAGGAAUAGGAGCGUCAACAUAAAACCCAUUGAUGACCGGUCCCAGAUCCAGCCUAUCUACAAGAACAGCGCACAGGCUCCCCACUCAAACGGCGGAGACAAACAGCCCCUCUUCGCUGUGUGACGGCUGCGGCGAGGAUGGAAUGGAAGGAAGAUGGAGUGCGUGGCCAGAGAGUGACGGAUGGCGUCGGGUGGCUACUUAAGAGCGACUCAGAUGGUUAUGGAUGAUGAGGGGCACAGCGAGCAAACUAUAGAGAGGGCAGAUAUCGAAAUAAGUAGCUUGCGAAAAAAGGAAAAAAAAACAGGGUGAGUGAUUGCUUUGCGGGCGCUUGCGGGGGGUGGGCCAGGGCCACGGACAAAAGGCGGGCAAUUUUCUCCCUACUUAUUCGGCAGCGCGGAAAGUGAGGAGCUAUCUGCUUUUGAGCAUUUUUAGCCGGGGAUGCGUUUCGUGGGUGUGCACUUCAGAAUCUAUUUCCUCCCUGUCUCGAGUGUUUCAAAUGCCAAAUAAUAGUGGAGGAAUUUGGAGAUUUCUGCAUAUCUUCAUCUGGUUCCCAGGACAGCAUUUAACCCCUUAUAAGCUGCUUUUGACAACCUUUGCACUGCGAAUUGCUGAUUUCAUGGAAGAAGAAUAUUUUACUCACCGCCCACAGCAUGUGCAUAUUAAAGUGCAUGAUGAAUAAUAAUCCCCAUAAUGCACCAUCAGUGGAAGUCAGCAGCUUGGUGUUCUUGUGGUGAAGCACAUGAAGCGGCUGUCCUUUCCCACAUGCGAAAAACCACAGAAAUUAUUUGAUUGAAUUAUUGUAGAGCUCGUCUGUCUCGUCUCGUCUUUGAGUCAUUCCCUUUCAUUAUCUUUUUUUUAAAAACUAAUUUUAAGGUAACUAAAUUGUGAUAAAUAAUAUGGUCUAUUGUAAACAUAAUUACUGUAUAUUCUUUCAAGUGAAAGUGAUCAGGAAUCCUAGCAUUGGCCUCCUUUUGCCCGUCUCCUGCGUUGUCGUCAGUGGGUUGGUCCCCUUCUCGCAAUAAUAUUUUGUUUUGCAUAUUGAGGUUUAUAACUCAUAGUUGAGUCCAGACUAACCUUUCAGUUUGUCAUUUUUAUUAACGGAGAAAUAAUCAGGCUCAGGAUAACAUUUUAACAUGAUCUCAUCCCUACAAAUGCAAAAGAAAUUCAAACCUCGUGGUGAAGUAGUUUCGGAAGUACAUUUACAUACCUUGCCUAUCUCCUGCUUUCUUGUUGCUGGGUUUUUCAAUAUUUUUAUUUUUGGGAAGAUACAUUUUUCCCCAAUCAAUUUUUAUCCUUGUAAACUGUGAAAUUGCAUUUGAUUUUUUGGACAUUAUCAUUUUGUUAAAAGUGUAAAAAUAAGCCAUAAACCAUGAAUUGAGGUAAUGCACUACUUGCCUGACUCAUACAUUUUUGUGAGUGGUUCUUUUUUUUUUUUUAUUUUAAUCAACAUUGAUUGUCUUUUCUUCUUUGGUUUCUAAACUGUGACAUUGGUGUAAGAAGAAUUCAACGACCGUGACCACGACUCCCCUCACUGUCAUUUUGACAUGCCGGAGAAUGUGAUAGUGUAGGAUUGAUUCAUGAUCAAUGGAAUACACAAAAAGGCCAAAGAAUACAGAGGAAAAGAAAAAACACGCCCAGACCGUUGACGCUCAUUGAACUAAGGUCACACGAGCUACACUGGAGACUUACUUAGCUGAAAAUUUGUUGAAUUACAAAUUCUCCAGCGGGCAUUUGAGUCUGGGGCUUUUAUCUUGACUCAAGGAGUAAAAUGAUGAAUGGAAAAGCAAUGAUGUCAGGAGUGUCCUAUCAGAUUGCUCUCACAUUUCUUAUACCAUCCCGAGGGGCCAUUGUUGCAUGGUACAUGCAGUGGGGGUAUGUCAUAAUAAUGUCAUAACAGUCUCAAUUUCUUUCAUAGUUCAUUUGUCCAUUUCGAAGUCUCAUUUCACUUCUCGAAUAUGGUUUCUUGUCCAAUAAGCAGAUUGCACUUGAAUCCAUAACUGUGACUGCUUGUUAUUUGUUGA